AUGAAAAGGACUGAUGUCAUCAACUUCAAGGCUUUGGAGAAUGAGCUGCAGGCUGCACUCAUUGCUGAUGAGAAGUACAAACGGGAGAAUGCUGCCAAGUUACGGGCAGUGGAACAGAAGGUAGCUUCCUAUGAGGAAUUCAGGGGUAUCGUCCUUGCAUCACAUCUGAAGCCGCUGGAACAGAAGGACAAAAUGGGAGGAAAGAGGCCUGCGCUCUGGAAUUGUCACACUAGUCAGGGAAGGCCCUCCCAGGAUGAAACCACUGAACUCUCCCCGGAGAAAACGCUCUUCCAGCCUGAGACCUCAGCCGAGUUCUACCGUGACUGGCGGCGACACUUGCGCAGCGGGCCAGAGCGCUACGAGGCCCUGCUGCAGCUCGGGGGCCCGAAGCUGAGCCGCCUCUUCCAGAUGGACGUGGGGUUUGGACUUCUAGGGGAGAUGCUGGUGGCACUGGCCGAUCAUGUGAGGCCUGCUGACCGCUGGGCGGUGCUGGGGAUCCUGCACAGCCUGGCCAGCACUGGGCGCUUCACCCUGAACCUGAGCCUGAUGAGCCAUGCAGAGAGAGAGAGCUGCAGAGCCUUGUUUCAGAAGUUGCAGGCCAUGGGCACCCCCAGUCCGGAGGGGCAGGGUCUGGGGGAGCAGCUGGGUGGGCUUCAGGAGGAGGAAGGUCUGCUGCAAGAGCUGCUGAUGCUAUAUCACCUGGACUGA